UCUCGUCAAUCCCAAAGUACCCGGAUGGCGGAGGCCUGCGGGGCAAGGAAAGGCGGUUGGGGAGCCGGACUUUGAUUGAAGAGCGCCGAUAUAUCACUCCAGUUCAUCCAGGAGGCAGCGAGGAGCAGCUUCGGCGACGGCAAAUAUCGCCGCCAUUUUCCAUCGGCGAAUAGACCAACAGCCUUGCCACGGCUGCCUACCAAGCAAACCCAGUUACAACAGUCAGAGGGAUGGUUGUAGUCACAGGGCAGACCAAAGCUUGUGGACACCUGGGCGAUGCCAUGUCGAGCUCAGAUGCAGAGGAUGAUUUUCAAGAGCCUGCCACUCCAACAGCAACCCAGGCAGAGCACUCCCUGCCCCUGCUUCCUCAGCAGUUCCCUGAAGUAGUUCCACUAAAUGUUGGAGGCACCCAUUUCAUGACCAGGCUGUCAACACUGAGACGUCAUGAAGACACCAUGUUGUCAGCCAUGUUCAGUGGUCGGCAUUACAUCCCAACAGAUGCUGAGGGCAGAUAUUUUAUUGACAGAGAUGGAACAUAUUUUGGUGAUGUACUUAAUUUUCUACGAUCUGGUGACUUACCCCCAAGAGAACGAGUGAGGUCUGUUUACAAGGAAGCUCAGUAUUAUUCUAUAGGACCAUUGCUAGACAGUCUAGAAGAGCUCCAGCCCCUCAAAGGAGAGAAAGUCCGGCAGGCGUUCCUGGGCUUAAUGCCUUAUUACAAAGAGCAUCUAGAACGAAUCAUUGAAAUAGCCAAGCUGAGGGCAAUGCAAAGGAAAGCUCGAUUUGCUAAGCUAAAGAUCUGCGUCUUCAAAGAAGAGAUGCCCAUCACACCCUACGAGUGCCCACUUUUCAACUCCCUCCGUUUUGAGAGGAGUGAAGGAGAGGCCAAGCUUUUUGAGCACCACUGUGAGGUGGAUGUGUCCUUUGGGCCAUGGGAAGCUGUGGCAGAUGUGUACGACCUCCUCCAUUGCAUUGUGACAGACCUUUCCGAUAGGGGCAUCACAGUGGACCACCAAUGUAUUGGUGUGUGUGACAAACACUUGAUUAACCAUUACUACUGCAAGCGCCCAAUCUAUGAAUUCAAGAUCACGUGGUGGCGUAAACCCGUCAAGGGACGGGAAGAAGCUGAGAGAAGAAGGCAGCGGGUGAGGCGGAGGGAGGCCGGAGAGGGGAGCCUGUCCCUCGGCUGGGUUUGGUCCCGGAAGCAAGCGGCGGAGAAGAGCAGGAGCAAAAUGAGUGUGAAGUCAGAACGCCGAGGGAUCCAUGUUGAUCAGUCAGAACUGCUUUGCAAGAAAGGAUGUGGCUACUAUGGCAACGUAGCUUGGCAAGGCUACUGUUCCAAAUGCUGGAGAGAAGAGUACCAAAAAGCCAGGCAGAAGCAAAUCCAGGAAGACUGGGAGCUUGCUGAGAGACUACAGCGUGAAGAAGAAGAGGCCUAUGCUAAUACUCAUACUCAUGGGGCUCAGUCACUAACUUUCACAAAAUUUGAGGAAAAAAAAACAAGUGAGAAGCUGCGGAAAGUGGCAACAGUGAAGAAAUUCUUUGGAGCAUCUUCGCGUCCUGGAACUAAGAAGGAAGUCCCAGAAGCCAAGGCGCCUAGUCCUUCUAUCAGUAGGCAGGUCAGCAUUGAAACCGAUAGAGUGUCCAAGGACUUCAUUGAAUUUCUUAAGACCUACAAUAGGGCUGGCCAGGAGGUCUACAAGCAGUGCAAACUGUUCCUGGACACGAUGCAUCGCAAGCGGGAGUUGAGUAUUGAGGAACAGUCUGAAUAUGCUCAGAGCCUCUAUCAGAAUGUGGCAGAUAAGCUACAGACUCGCUGGAAAGUGCCUCCAGAAAAAGUGGAAAAAGUGACGGAUCAAGUGGAGAAAUACAUAAUGACCCGCUUGUAUAAAUACGUUUUCUGCCCGGAAACCACGGAGGAUGAGAAGAAAGAUCUGGCUGUCCAGAGAAGAAUCAGAGCUUUGCACUGGGUUACUCCACAAAUGCUUUGUGUUCCUGUCAAUGAAGAAAUCCCUGAAGUCUCAGAUGUAGUUGUGAAAGCUAUCACAGACAUCAUUGAAAUGGACUCAAAGCGUGUCCCCCGGGACAAGCUGGCCUGCAUCACUAGCUGCAGCAAGCACAUCUUUAACGCCAUCAGGACCACAAAGGCUGAGCCAGCUUCAGCUGAUGACUUUUUGCCCACUCUCAUCUACAUUGUCCUGAAGGGCAACCCACCUCGCCUGCAGUCCAACAUUCAGUACAUCACUCGGUUCUGCAAUCCCAGCAGGCUGAUGACUGGGGAAGAUGGAUAUUACUUUACGAACCUGUGUUGUGCUGUUGCCUUCAUAGAGAAGUUGGAUGCUCAGUCCUUAAACCUGAGCCAGGAAGACUUUGACCGCUAUAUGUCUGGCCAAACCUCUCCAAAGAAGCAAGAACCCGAGAACUGGCCAGCUAACGUAUGUGUGGGGAUGCGCCAAAUGUACAGGAACCUUGGUCUCCUCUCACAACUGAAUGAGAGGCAGGAGAGGAUUGUCAGUGAGGCCAAAAAGCUUGAGAGGGACCUCAUUGAUUGGACUGAUGGGAUCACCAAGGAAGUCCAGGAGAUUGUGGAGAAGUACCCUCUGGAGAUUAAAGCCCCAAACCCAGCCUUGGCGGCCAUUGACUCUGAAAAUGUUGAAAAUGACAAACUGCCCCCUCCGCUGCAACCUCAGGUUUACGCUGGAUGAGAAUGGCUUCAGGACUCAGAUAUUCCUUCCUUCUGUUUUUUUCUGCUUGGCCGAUGGGCUAAGGGGGGGAGGAAUGAAACAAAUUUAAAAUUGGCACAUUUUAAAGGUACUUUUUGUUGUUAGAUGUGUACCAUGAUAUUUAUUUUAGUCAGAGUUGGUUACUAUGAGGACUGAAUUUUUAUGUGUUCCUGAAAUGAAUUUACCUUUCCUUUUUACAGAAAUUCAGUAUAAUUUUUAAGGAAUGCUUUGGGGAUUGCUUUCUUCGAAGCAUGCACAUGUUUUAACAUCAACUGGUGGUUGGUUGUGCUAUCUUCACUCCCUAAACAGAGUUGCUUAUCACACUUUGCCAAGAAUGCUGUGUUUGAGAAAGAAGUGUAAAGGGUUCUUAAUCUUUGUUUUCAGAAACAGAUGUGUUGUAAAGUAAAUAUUUAAGGUUGUAAAUAGAUUUGAAUGUUGAGCAAUGUCUUAAUAGCAUGACCUUUAGCAAAGAAUGGAAACUAGGUUUUUUAAUUCCUUCACUCUUAAGUUUUUGGUUUAUAGUUUUGAUCUAGAAUAGGAUACAGCAAGGAAACACUACAUUGUAGUAAAUAACAUAUUUGGACACAGUUCUAACAUGACUAAAGUCAUUUCCUAAUAUUUAUAAUUUCUUAUCUGAAAUUUCAGCCUGGAAUAGCGUCUUUUUUGCUGUGCUGGUCUCUAGCAAUUGCACAGUUAGACCUUUAUGAAGAUCAGAGCAGAAUUGGAUAGUAGCUGUGGGUGGUGAAGUGCUGGAGCCAGUUUUAAUUGCUGUAAAAAUCACAUGAUACAAGAUUAUGGGUCUAAAAGUGCUUUAGUGAUUAAAAAAAAAAGUCAUUUGCUUCAUAGUACUUGUGCAGAGCCUUCCAAGAAAUGAUUAGUACGACAUGAGACUGUCUUGUGCUGGAAAAAAAAAUCAAAGAAUGAGCUGUUCAAAAGAAAGUUUAUGAUUGCUUUCUUAAAUCACAUUUUUAAAUGGAUUCAUCCCCUGAAUUAUAAAUGAUCAGAAAACAGAAAUAUGGACAAUCCUAAAGGCAGUAAGCUGGCUUACGCAAUUUUGUGGACUACAUACAUUUUUAUAUGAAUUUGAAAAAAAUAGGAAUCUAUAUUAUUGUAUUGUUGAACUACAGCUUCCAGGAGUUGUCUUGAUUGCUAUGAUGGCUGGAAUAGCUAUCUCCUUCAGGAGGGACCCAUUGCUUUCCCAAUUCUCUCAGUUUAAAGCCCAUUGGUGAUAUCUCUAGAAUCCCUCUCUCCCUCCCAUAACACAUCAACAUCUCACUGUGAAUGGCUGCCUUCCCCUCCAACCUUUUCAGUAUUAGUAGUGACUCCAACCAGUCAAAAUCUUCUCUCUUUGGCCAAAGAUCUAGCAUGGCUGUGUGGAUGCAAGAAUUUGCCAAACUAGAUGAACUAGUUAGCCUUCCCCAGCAUGUUAGACUAUGGUAGUUGUUUUCCUGAGCAAGAUACAUGGGGAGAUAGAACUGUAGUCCGGGAGAUACAGGGGGGCACCAGGGAAUGCUGAAUUUGUCUAUGAGCGAUGCUUUUUUAACUUUUAACUUUGCAAAUUAAGCUAAAGGUCCACUUGAACUUGGCAGAGCUGGGAUUCUUUGAAAGGCCAGGUUGAGUUGUGUGAAACGAUAUUUAGCAUUUUCCUGAAGGAUAUAAUUUAAAUGCAGUCCUCCCCUCCCUCCCCGAUUGCUAAAUCUUAAAUGUCAGGGACAUGUAUCCAAGAUCUUGGAUAACCUGAUUAUCACUAAGUCUCAAACAAACUUCAUAAUUCAAGGGAAAGGAAAAAAACUCUUUGCAAUGUUACCUGUUUUUAGUAUUAGAACACUUUUAAAAUAUCAACUCUUUUUCUUAAGCUCUUCUCAACUCUUCUGAGUCUUAUUUGUACUCCUGGGAAACAUGGGAUUCCAAAGUGUUUCAUUCCAAACCAUGAUUUUGGGCAACAUAUGAAAAAGCCAUCUUUAUAACAUUUUAGCUGUACAGGUAUUUAUCUGUUUUUGCAAUAAGGUCUUUUGCAAGACUGACAUGUUUUGUGUAUACCUGCUUUAAAAAGCAUAUCGGUUUUCAGUUUGCAACUCAGCUAAUGUCGGAGUUUCUUGAAAGGUUAAAUAUUUAUGUUCUUUCCUCUUCCUCAAUUAAAUUUGUAGAAGUGAAGUAAACAAGCUAUUCUUUGGCUGCAGAAAGUCCACGCUGAUCAGAUUUUUCAAUUUUCAGAGCUUUGUUUCUUGGCCUCAUUGUUUGACACUCUAGGUGCUAAUUCAGAUUUUCCAGGUAUAUAUUUCACUCCAAAAAGGCAUCAUUAUAGCUGCUGCUGUUAAAUUGCUGUCAACAGAAAUAAACCAUGUACGACAUGACUCAUUAUUAGUCAACAGAAA